AUGUCUGAAGCAGGAAGUUCCUGCGACGCCUCCGAUCGGGAGAGCAUCGCUUUGUCUGAGAUGGGAGGAGAAAUGGAUAUUAACCACUUCUUGAUUUCAACCCGUGGCUAUAGAGGCUUCUAUCUUGAAGUUGGAGGCACAGUCCGCCCUGGAUUCGAAAUUGGUUGGGUCAAUUCUCUCAGAAUUCGCCUUUACCAUCGUAACAUUCUAGUUGGAGAGAUGACUUGCCAGGACCAGCCAAUGAUACCCGACAGCAACAACUACGUGAUAACCGAAUGGGAUGAGUCAGACGAACCGGAAAUGCGCAUCAAGAGUAUGGUGGGACUCAAGAAUUUCUUUGGCGACGUUCUACCUAAUUCAAGUGCCAACAACAAGCGGGAUGCUCAGAAACAGCCCACAGCUGCUCUCAGAGUUUCCUCAAGUGGCCAUUGGCUCGCAAUGUCCAUUGAUUUGGCGAACAUGCCGAGAAUGAGUGCCACUGUAGAUGAAUUCACGACCUUCGGAGACAAGAUCGAAAUCACCAUGACGAUAACAAACCCAAGCCCGCUUACACUUCGCUUUGAUGGCAGCAGUGAGUUUGUCCUCAAGAAAGGCAAAGAUAUCAUUGGAGAAUUGUGGGCCUCCUUCCAAAUUCUUCCUGGAGAAAAAGAAUGCGUUUUCAAAGGGACCUUCAAACCUGAGGUUUCAGGAAUGGUAACUUUAGAAGGAAGCAAUUUCGAGGACAUGGACAGGACUUGGCAGCAAUAUGUUAUUAAGCUAUUCAAAGUCGAAAUCGAUUUGGGCCCGUCAAUCUGA